GACGUUGGCACUAUUGAGUCGUCUCGAUUCUUAUUUAUAUAUACUCCGUAUACCUUGCUUUUUUCUCGACCAUACAGGAGUCAAAUAGUGCACGUUUGAGCUUUCCUUUUACAAAGGUCCUCCGUACAUACAUACAUCGCUGCUUCUUGAGUUACACCGAUUGUUCGGAUACUUGUUUGCUAAGAUCCCCACGGCCGCAUUCUUUGAUCAACUUUGGGAUCGUCGUUUUCUUGUUUUUAUUUUUUAUUUUUCCAUCCAAUUACAUGUGGAUAUCACUUUGCACAUUUCGAUAACUCCCUAUCUCGUCCCAAAAAGAGAAAAAAAAAAUAAAAAAAAAAAAAAAAAAAGGAAGAAACUAUCGUCCUUCGCUGAUAUGACAUCCUGGAUCAGAAGAUUUCGAAAGGAGUCCAGCGAGCAGGUUGCGACGAAGGAGCCCGGAUCAAUCACGACCGCAUUCAGCGACAAUCCGUCCUCUGAAGCAGAAAAUGAUAAAGAGGCGGCCUCGAUGAACUGUUCCAUCCCUGGGGAGCCAGUGGCAGUCGCGUCACUUGAACAGCCUAGGGACGCGCAAGAGACAAGCGAAAAAAGUGAAAACGCAAGAGCAGAACCUGAAUAUGCCUCGGGAAUAACUCUAUUGAUUAUCAUCAUCGGGCUGUCCCUUGCUGUACUCCUCGUUGCAUUGGACAACACGAUUAUCACGACAGCUAUUCCAACAAUCACUAACCAUUUCAAGGCUCUUGAUGAUGUCGGUUGGUAUGGAAGUUCAUAUCUCCUCACUACCUGUGCCUUUCAGUUGGUGUUUGGGAAGGUGUACACUUUCUUUCCUGUGAAAUGGGUGUUUUUGACCGCCAUCGGCAUUUUUGAAAUUGGCUCAGUUGUUUGCGGAGCUGCGCCAAGCUCCGAAGCUCUCAUCAUUGGCCGUGCUAUUGCUGGUAUGGGCGCAUCGGGGAUAUUCUCUGGUGCUUUGGUGAUUGUCGCUUAUACGGUUCCCCUGGAGAAACGACCCAUCUAUAAUGGCCUUUUCGGGGGUAUGUACGGUAUCGCUUCGGUUGUUGGUCCACUGAUGGGCGGUGCUUUUACAGACCAUCUCUCCUGGAGGUGGUGCUUCUAUAUCAAUCUCCCAAUUGGUGCCGUGACCAUCUUCGCCAUCCUGGUUUUCCUCAAGGCCCCAAAACAAAAUCUCAACACCUCGUUAAGCUGGAAAGCCCGCCUAUUGCAGCUUGAUCCAAUUGGUUCUGCAGCGUUCAUGCCCGGUGUCGUCUGUCUUCUCCUCGCUCUCCAGUGGGGUGGCACCAGAUAUGCCUGGGGCAAUUGGCGCAUCAUCAUUCUUUUCAUUCUCUUCGCGAUAUUGAUCAGCGUGUUCAUUGGAAUUCAAAUCUACAAAGGUGAUGAUGCAACUGUUCCUCCACGCAUUUUCACACAGAGAAGCAUUGCAUCCGCAGCUUUCUUUGCACUCACAUUAGGAUCCUCGUUCUUCAUAAUUGUCUUCUACCUGCCUAUUUGGUUUCAGGCUAUCAAAGGCGCCUCGGCCACAAAGUCGGGAAUCAUGGCUAUUCCACUAGUCUUGGCUUUGGUGAUUUUCUCCUUGUUGAGUGGAAUCGGAACUACCGUUACUGGAUACUAUACUCCAUUUACGUACGUCGCAAGCAUCUUAUCGACAAUUGGGGCAGGUAUGCUCACGACCUUCACUACGACCACCGGCCAUGAAAAGUGGAUUGGGUAUCAAGUUAUCUUCGGCACUGGGCUUGGGUUUGGGUUCCAGCUACCGCUCAUUGCAGCCCAAACCGUACUGCCGCUGGAGGAUGUGGCAGUUGGAACUGUGAUUGUUAUGUUCGCCCAGACGUUUGGUGGAGCGUUGUUCGUGUCUGUUGGCCAGAAUGUUUUCGGCAAUCGCCUUAUGAGCGGCAUCAGGGAAGCAGUGCCAGACAUCGACCCGUCGCUGGUAUUGGAAGUCGGCGCCACCCAGCUCAAGGAGCUGGUACCGCCGGCCCUUCUAGAUAACGUUCAGGAGGCAUACAACGCGGCUCUUACCAACACCUGGUACGUGUCCGUUGCCAUGUCUGCGAUAGGCAUCAUUGGCGCCCUUGGCUUGGAGUGGAAGAGUGUCAAGGGAAAGCAAAUCCAGCCAGGUGUAGUCUAAACAUGGGUCCUUUCGGCCUGCUUGGUGACCCAAAAAUGUCACCCCGCGGCCUCUGAUCCCGCAGGAGGGACAUGGUAUCGACUUCGAGCGUGGUGUUAAGUGAUCGCUGUACUUUUAUGUUUCCUUGGGAGCAUUAUCUGGGAAAUUUAUUUGGCUUUUCGUUUUUCAUGACAAUGUGUUCGCUACGGGAGAGGAUCUCAUCUGCUCUGAGAAAAAGAGCUUGGCGUUUGGCGGAAGAAAUAUCUCAUGCAUAUGUACAGUACAAAGCUCUCUGCUUUGCAAAAAAAAGGGGUGAUAGAUGCAGAAAUCCACAUAGCAUUAUUUAAUGGACAGGGCUAGAGAAGCG